GGGCAAUCGGUCACAAAAUUGUGCCUCUAUUGUGGGUGAUUUUAUAUGGCGCCUUCGGGUUUAUGGCACUUGAUUUAUUUCAUUAGGUUUAUUGGUCAUUCGGACGCUAAAUGUUUAAGAUAUUCAAAGGUUGUUUUACCUAUUUCGAUGCACUGAUGACGACAUCGGUAAUGGGUUGAGUGAUAUAAGUGCAAAAUGAGCUAAUUGCCAUUAAAACAGGCCAGUUUAUUGCCAAGCGCUUCUGAACAUCUCUUUUUUUUUUGUUAAGGCGGAAACGUUAUAAAAUAUUGUAGAAUAAUAAUAUUCACGAUUAAGAAUAUAUAUAGAGUGAGAGAUGUCUGUAUUUGCUAUCCAAGCUGAAAAACAAGUUUGCAAUCGCUAAACGUUGACAGAUCAUACGUAAUCAGAUUUUAUGAUCUGAUUUAUAAGUUAAUUAUAUAGCAAAUGCAGUCUAAUACAUUAUAAACUUUCAUGAUAAAGUUAGUAGGUAAAUGAAAUAUAGAUUACGUCUUGAGAUAGUUCAAGAUGAUUCAUUCUGAUUCAACGAUGCACUUGUAAAAUGUUUACUUUAAUGAUUGUAUCUCUAUCUUGUACCUAAGGGUACCUAAAGUUUACCAUUUCUGUAAGCCAAACUAUAAUCAGUAACACCAUCUAGACUCCAGAGACCUUCGCCUGUCUAACAGAUGACAAUCUAAUGUUUAUCAAACACGGGCCAGACCCAACGUAGCCUGACUUGGCAUACUUUUGGAAUGGAUGUAUAGUACACCGUCCACAACAAACAGUUCCAUAUCAGCUGACACAACUGGUGCCAUAAACUAUAAACUAUAUAACGUGGGGCGACUCGCUCUGAGAGUCGUUCUGAAGUGGCAAAACGAGAGAACGUGCUUAUCACUCGGGCAUUAUGCCAAAUGUCUGAAAACAGAGCGUAGAAAUAAAGCCACACUGCCAAUAUUCAUUGAGAGGAAUCAUAAAAUUUUAUUAGCCCAAAAUCGAACGGGGAGAGUUUCAAAUAAUAAAAAAAAAGAAGAAAUAAUUAAAUGCAAAGAAAACAAACAAACACUUAAUGAAGACCUGUUCGACUCGUGUAGGGUUGCUUUUGAAGGUUGUGUUCUGGUUUUGUAUUAAAAUGCCCCUCCAAGCCAGUUAUAAGCUCAGUCCAUUUUAGCCAAGAUGCUGAUGCUAAACUAUCUUAACUAUAUUUUGAUCGCACUGAUCAGUCGGGUGGUCUGUGAGUCACAAAAACUAGAGGAAGUUACAGUUAAAACUUUGGAUUGCCGGGAAAAUACUUGCACGAACUUGGAUUACCCUAAUAUUUCGGAGGUGGCCUUCUUGUCAGCAGAAGUGACUAAGAAUUUGAAGGGCUACGAAUCUCUCAUACUCCACAGUUCCAGCUUGGCCAAUCUGCCCAGAAACAUCUUUGUAAACCUUCCUCAACUUGUGGAGUUCGAUGUCUUAGAGUGUCAGCUUCAAAGUAUUGAAAAAGAAUGCUUUGAUGGUGGCAAGAACUUGAAAAGACUCAAUCUGGGAGGCAAUAACCUUAAAAUUUUGGAUAGAAACACCUUUAAACUGGCCACAGAGUUGGAGGAGCUCAACUUGUCUGACAAUCAGUUGGAGGAUCUGUCCACCACAAUAUUCCUGCCUCUAAAGAAGCUUCUCAAAAUCAACUUAUCCAACAAUCAGCUAAUGCAAAUUUCCCAAAAUACCUUUUCACAAUUAAGAUCUCUAAAAUCCAUAAAUCUGAACAGCAAUCAGCUGAGGGAAUUGGCUGCCGAGCUAUUCAGAGAUCAGCGAAAACAUUUGUCAGAAUUCUCAGCCAGAAAUAAUCAACUUGAGCGGAUUCCUUCGAAUAUAUUUUCAGAAGUAGAACUUCUAACACUAUCCUUCAAUCCUCAGUUAAGAAGUUUGCAUCUAACAGCCAAAAUCGAUGAGCUGCAGGCUACCAACUGCGGCUUGGAAACAGUCAAGUUGGAUGGCCGAGUUCUUGGUGUCCAACUGGAGGAUAAUCUAAGUCUGAAUGAGUUGAAAAUAUCCCAGCCUGAGGAUCUAGAGCAACUCUAUCUGGCCAAUACCAAUCUGUCCCGACUUGACUUUCUGUCCAAGGCCAGUAAAUUAGUUGACCUGGAUUUGACGGGCAUUGAGAAUCUCUUGGAUUUGCCUAAGAUUUCCUCAGCCAGGGGAUUGGAAAGAUUGAGUUUUACUUAUGAUAACUUAACAUCGGACCAUAUGGACAUGUUGCCUCAAUUAAAAGAUCUCAACUACUUGGAAAUAUCACAUGACAAGGGGAGGGAGAUAUAUAUAAAGGACCUGGAUGAAGAUUUCUUUGUGGAGGAAGCAGAACUUAAUUGCGGGCAAUUGGCGGAUCUGUUGGAGUUCGUUGAACUGCCCAAGGACACUACUAUCUUAGAAGAUCGAUUGGUUGGAGAUCCCCGAAUGCCGUUGAGAUGUGGAACUACGUAGUUCUAGAUUUAAAUGGUGUUAAGUUUGUAGAAAUGAAAUAGGUUAUAUAAAUUAAGUUAAAGAAGGAUUAAAACUGAAAAAGCAGACAUGAAACCAAAUAGAAAUAUGCAAGAAGUUUUACAUUUUUGUUAAUUAGGUCCCCAGAAGAGUUUGUAAGCCUUGUAACAAAACAAGUACUUACAAUGCAUCUUCGUUAAAAAUGAUUUAAAACAGCAAAUGAAGCUUUCUGUUUACAAAUCAUUUAUCAACGCCUUACAAAUCGAAGCCCCUUGCAAGUUUUCCUGUUUAUUUUUGCCGCCUGUCUCGGCAAUUGUUUUCGGUUUGCAAAUAUUGCAACCAUUGUUAAAAAACAAUUUGUCUCGAACUUCGAUACCAGCUAUCUUGCGUUUUUCGCUGCGAAACGAUUUCACUGAUCGCCGCUG